CUUGUUUUGUGCGUUUCCCGUUUCAUUUUCAUGGGGUUUGAAUUGAAUUUGCGUCUCAGUGCAUAUGUUUUGUAUUGCAUCUGUGAUUUGCAUUUGAAAGUUGAUUUGCGAGCAAAAACAAAUAUUCUCGAACGUUAAUGGUGACAUUGAUCUCUCAGAAUUUCUGGUACUUCCUGCAAACAGAUAUGUAACUGGUGGGACACCGUCUUGGACAAGCCAUUACACACUGAUGUUGAUUGAAUGUUACACAAUAUUCAGAAGUAAAGUAGGUGGGAUGGAAAUGAAAACCAUAAAAAAAUGUGGGAUACAAUAUAAGAGCACAUGAAGAGAAAGUAUAACGUUAAAUACACACCCCAAAACUGCGAAAAUCGUUGGCGGAAUUAUAAGCGCUGUGUGGAACACAAUUCCAGUACUGGACAUGGCAGAAAAUACUUUGAAUUUGCGGAAGCAAUGGACGCUAUUUUCAGCGAGAAGAAAAAUAUAAAUCAAGGCAUUCUGACCACAUCAGGUGAGAUUCGACCAAGUAAUGAAAAUGAGGCAGAGGACAUGGAAAUGAUUGAAAAUCAGGAAACACCAACAAAAGCGCUUGGGAUUUCUGCAGCUAAAGUUAAGCAGCAAACAGUAAUAAAAUAUAAAAAAGAAAACAUUCUGAAACAAGUACAAUUAGACCGAAAACAAUACCAAGAGGAGAGACUGAAAUUGUAAAAAUACAAAAUAGACUUCUUAUUAGAACUGCAAAAACAGAAAUUACAAAUAAAAAAUUAACAAGUUGAGGUUUUAUAAAAAAGAAACGAAAUAUUGAAAAACAAAAAAUAGAUCCCCUGACAAGAUGGAUAUUUAAUCGUAGGUAUGUUGUGUGUUAUCUUGUGUUUAUGUGCAGUAUUGUUUGUGUUUGUAGUUAUUAUAAUGAAAGAUAUGUGUUAAGUUUUAUUUCUGUGAUGAAUGAAUGUAAAAUUGGGAUUAGUAUUUUGGUUCUUUCUGCAUUAUUAAAAAUUAAAAUACUG